CAAUCCUUCGUGCCUUGCCUGACAAGGAAGCAUCUACCAUCGUGAAAAAAAAAAGACGUCCCGCCCCCGCUAUUUUUUUUUGCUCUCUUCUUCUUUAAACAACUUUUUUUUUAAAAAAUUGGCAUGGACCACAACCCAUCUCAGCAUACUUGCAACCAAGUCUUUUUACAUGCCCUGGGAAAAACGAACUGAAGUGGUCAAUCAAAGAAACACGCAUUGACGUUUGGCGUUUUUUUAGAUGUUGUACCUGUUGCAGUGACCGAUGAAGAAGGAAAUGAGUUAGACUUCAUUUUAUCCCCGAGCCAUGUAGAAAAGUUCUAGGCCAUGCUUUCGAAACCAACACCACUCACAGUAAGGCGUCGAGUUCAAGAGUCAUCUCCCCAAACCAUGUUUCGAACUUGUGAUACUGUCAACAGCAUCGCAAGAGCAUUGAUAGGAUCGGUAAUCAUCGAUACUGAAAACCAUUGUGGUCUCUUAAUUUUAGCUUUGGAAGUAUAUGGUCGUGACCCUGACAUUGACAGCCACGCAGAACAACGCAGCUCCACUGGUUCCGCUCUCCAAUCGACACCUGUACCGUCUGUAGGCCAUAAUGAUUUCGAGAUAUGUACCAUGCGCCAAACCGAAGGCAGCAAUAUUUCAAUUAAACUUAUACUUGGUACCCACUCUUUCAACGCCCUGAUUACUGCUAGUACACGUAUUGACAACUUGGUUGAUCAUCCGGAAUGCGGACCGUGA